CCCAGAGAGGCACUUGAGACAUCCAGAUGUUGCGUUCGAGGCACCGAGACAAGUCAGGAGGAGAACGACCGCUCAGAGAGACGCUCACACACACGGACGAGUGGCAGCGAUGGGAGCUGGCAGCCUGGAGUGAAGAAGACGAAGAGGAAGAAGAAGACGAGGAAGAGGAAGAGGAAGAGGAGAGAGGUUGUUUUUCUAUCCGGGAGGAGGAAGAGGAGACUUGGAGGAGGAAACUAACUGCGCACUUUUGGAGGUUUAAACCCGGGUGAGAUGUUUGGGUUUCUCCGCCGGGCUGGAGUCAAAUAGUCUGUGUGAGGCUCGAGCUGACGUUUAAACUUUUUUUUAUUUUUAUUAACAAUUCAACAACCGUGUGUUUGUGGACAACGAGCGGACGCGCCAUGGCUCCUCUCCACUGGCUCCUGUGCGCCGGGGUGUUGUGGACAAUGUGCGCCGCCUCGUACCUCGGACCGCUGCAUCCGGAGAUGUCCAACGGCACCUUCCAUCACUACUUCGUGCCGGACGGCGACUACGAGGAGAACGACGACCCGGAGAAGUGCCAGAUGCUGUUCAAGAUGACCGACGAGCGCAAGUGCGGCGUCGACGAGGACCAGGACGCGAUGAUCCGCGACGACUUCACCAUCGUGAAGCGGCAGAUCGAGGACGCGGCGCGGGUGCUGGAGGGCAUCGGGAAGAGCAUCUCCUACGACCUGGACGGGGAGGACAGCUACGGGAAGUACCUGCGCAGGGAGACGGCGCAGAUCGGCGAGGCGUUCACGAACUCCGAGAAGUCUCUGCUGGAGCUGGAGGUGAAGUUCAAGCAGAGCCAGGAGAGCGAGCUGCGCGAGGAGCACCGGCUCAACGACGACUUCCUCAGCAUGAUGGUGCACACGCGCGACGUGCUGAAGGACACGCUGGACGUCUCGCUGGGGCUGAGGGACAAACACGAGCUGCUGUCCCUGAUCAUCCGCAGCCACGGGACGAGACUGAGCAGACUGAAGAACGAGUACAUGAAGUUCUGAAGAAAGUCGAAAAAUACUUUAUGGUAGUUUAUUUUAAAGGUCCUUUCUCAAAUAGCUAAAUUGUGUUGGCCCGGAUUUGGCCCAAGCUGUCCCCGAUCAUCCGCAGCCAUGGCACGAGAUCGAUCAGACCGAAGAAUGAGUACAUGAAGUUCUGAAGUCAACUAAAAUACAUUAUCGUAGUUUAUUUUAAAGGUCCUUUAUCAAAUAGCUAAAUUCUGUUGGCCCGGAUUUGGCCCACGCUGUCCCUGACCAUCCUUAGCCACGGGACGAGACUAAGUAGCCCAUAGAACGAGAACAUGAAGUUCUGAAAGAGUUUCCUAGCAUAGUUUAUCGUAGUUUAUUUUACACAUCAGUUCCGUCAGAGUAAAAUAGUUUGGGCGCAGUUGUGGCCCACGCUGUCGCCGAUCAUCCGCAGCCACGGCACGAGAUCGAUCAGAUCGAAGAACGAGAACAUGAAGUUCUGAAAGAGUUUCCUAGCAUAGUUUAUCGUAGUUUAUUUUACACAUCAGUUCCGUCAGAGUAAAAUAGUUUUGGUCCAGUUGUGGCCCACGCUGUCGCCGAUCAUCAGCAGCCACGGCACGAGACCGAAGAACGAGUACAUGAAGUUCUGAAGUCUCCUAACAUACUUUAUCGUAGUUUAUAGUACAGGUUCUUUCUCAAAUAGCAAAAUUGUGUUGGCCCGGAUUUGGCCAACGUUGUCCCCAAUCAUCCGCACCCAUGCCAUGAGAACGACAACUUGAAGUUCUGAAUAAAGUUUCCUAACAAACUUUAUCGUAGUUUAUAUUACAUAUCAAUUCCCUAUGAGUAAAAUUGUUUUGGCCCGGAUGUGGCUAACACUGUCCCUGAUCAUCCUCAGCCACGGCUUUAUCGUAGUUUAUUUUAAAGGUCCUUUCCCUUAGUGCAACAUAGUUUUGGCCCAGAUUUGGCCCACGCUGUCAUCUGGCACACACAUGCGUGGAAUGAUGGCACUUGGGCGGUCUGCUCCUGUUUGCCAGAUCUUGGCCACAAGCGAGCCAUAGCGUCAACCAAGGAUGGCCCAAAUUAGUUGUGUUCUAUUUGGGCCGUAUUCACCUUUCAUAGUCAGAACACAUGUUGCCUAGAUCACCGGGUGUUAGCGAGACAAAGCCCAUAUUUGUUUUGGUAUAUUUUGGCCACAUUUGUUGUUUUAUGGUUGCACUUUAGGCUCACUUUCAUUUUGUUCAGGCUACAAGAAGUCCAGAAGUGCCGCAUUAUUGCCUAAAGUGGCCUAAAUCCGUGAGCUAUUUCCUUUAAUACUUUAUAAAUGUAUAUUUUCCAGAUAUCUGGAAAGAGUUAUGCAGUUUUGUACCAGUUCCAGGAAAACAAGAGAGUUACAGGAGCUUUAUUUUAGUCUGUUCUAUUGUGUUGAGCUUACUAUUGACUUCCAGAUGAAUUUCCAUGCAAAAGUAAUAUAAUGAUUUAUUAAAUGGCAGGGCUCUUUCCAGGAAAGUUCUUAGGAGAUCAUUUGGAAAUAAACUGGGAUUUACGCCUGUGAAAUUAAACCUCACUCUAUUUCAUUUUUUUCUAUUCUAAGUUUUAUGGUUGAAUGAGACCGUUUGGUGGAGGCAAGGGUGAAAACUAAUAUCAGGGAUUUAAAGUCAAAGCUUAAAAUGUCAGUUCACCUAAAGAACAGGUCGAUGGCUGGGGGUUGUUUGGACUCUCCGUGUUGGAAAUCCGACUUCAGGGGUCAUUCCAGUUAAAAUGUCCCACUGGGAACUCUGAAAGAUUGACUUCCCAAUUCAAAUGGAACGCACUAUUAGUAACUCACACUUUGACAGCUGUUUAACAUAGGGGGGGAAAUACUAUACUUGGGGGGGGGGUUGUGCGGCAGCAACUGACACACGAAACAUAGCGGGAAGAAUAGAUUCCAGUAAAUGUCAGCAAAUUUCUAAACGUAAAUGAGUCAUUUAAGAAACUGAAAUACAUCAUGAAUAACUUCAAACUGAUAUUAAACUUGCUGUGUGUGCAACACAGCAGAAACAUAUCUCAGAAUUUGAAGUUAUCUGCAAUGAAGGAAAAUUCCUUAAUCAAGACUUGAAAGACUCUUAUCUGGCUACAAAAGGCAUUUGCAAAACUGUGAUAUCUGCUAAAAAUAGGGUUUGACUAACUUCUGACUUCCACACAUAUCCCACAACACAAGUUCAUGAAAUAUAACGAGUACAUUAGCAUUUGAAGAAAGGCUGAUAUUUAAUGUCUGUUUGGAGAAGGGGCUGUUUUCACUUUUUUUCACUUCAAAAAUCAACAAACUAUGUAUUUACCCAGAUUUCGAGAGGGAUCCGCUUCCAAAGCUGGAUUAGCAACCAGGCAGCCGGGUUCAAUCAACUUUCCCACAACAGAUUUUUCCACCAUACGAGGAGUAUUGCUUUCUGGUCAUAUAAUGAAGCCCCAUGUAUAGUCUUCUUUAUAGCCUGAUUGGAAAACAGGGGCCCCAGUGUAUACAUGCUGAGUGCAUGAGCUAAUUCUAGCCUAUGGCCCUCUGAGAGUUUAAUAUGUCUGUGCUGAGCCAGAACAAUGAAGGUGAAUUGCGUUUUGUUUGUUGUGCCCUCAGCAUUAAAUAAUUACAUGGCAAAAAUGAAUCCUUUCUGUCCAGAAACAAACUGCAAAAUAUCGAAUAAAGACAACUAAACAGCAUAUAGAGAAAACAAGCCCAGCUCAAGGUUCCCCAACGAUACAUUUCUGAAGUUUUGAGGUGUUGUUGUGAAGAGAUCUGACAAGUUUAUAUGUUAUAUUAUUUUAUUAUAUUAUUUUUAUGAUGUGAGUGAGAAAUCUCAGAGGGAUAUCUCAGAAUCUAGUAAAUUCAAACGGUCAGAAAACAGUUUAUUGAGUGAACUGACCCUUUAAAAGAGUCUGAACAGUAUAUAACAUACUUUCUUUCAACAUUACAGUAAAAACAAAUAUAUCAUGUGACAGUGUAUAGAGACCAUUGUGACUUGUGGCCAGUGUCAGUAAUAAUAACACACCCUACAAACCAUAAACACACACAGUGGUGGUUACAUCACCACACUAAACCUGGCUGGAAACAAAUGAGAUUCACAUUUCCCCAGAAUGUAAAAGAAAGCUGUCAUGUUUGUUAAAUGUCAUCCUUAACAAUGGUAAUUUUUUUGCAUUGAAUUCAUCUGUCACAGGUUUGUGUAUGUGUGUGUGUGUGUCUGUGUGUGUAUGUGUGUGUAAGUGCAAAAAACAAUGGCAUUAUGAGUCAGCCAAUCAAAAAGGUUAAAAAACAGGGUGAUGUUUGCAGAGAUUUCUUUGAUUCACCGGAGGACGACGUCAUGUUUUGGACACUUCGGGCAGUUUAUGUGUCAGUGUCUAUAUUCUAUACUGAAUAAUAUGUGUUUAUGUUUUAAUUCUGACCCCAGACGUUAAAUAUACUAUCUUUGGAAAACUCCUCAUAUAGAAGCUGAGUUACAGCUCCUCACAUGAGCAACUAUUAAUCGCUGAUCCUCCACAUGAAUGUUUCAGAAGUGAUAAAAGACUGUUUACAAGUGGACACCUAUCUGUUUUUUAGUUUUUUUGCUAUUAAGGUGCUAAAAGGUUGAGACGGGAUUUAAAAUGCAAGGCCUUUACUUUACUGUGCUGUGCAGGCAGUGUAAUCUUGUCAAAUGUACAGUGUGUUAUUAGAAGUAAGUAAAUACUGUGAGUGCCAAUAUCUUUAUUACAGAACACCUUGAUAUGUAUUCAUUGUUUAUAUAAAGUUUUGAAAUAGAGCAGCGUAUAUCUAUUCUUGUUGACCUAAGAUGUGUGAUGGGUAAGACUGCAGGCAGCACUCGAGGACGUCAGUGUUAAACACUAAUCUGUGUGACGGCAGUCGGAGCAGAUUGUGUUGUGUCAAAUAAAGAGGUUUGUGUUUCAA